CUCUACAACAAAGAAGUCAUGAAGGAUCUAAAUAUACGAAAAGCUACGUCCGAUGAUUGCGAGACACUUUAUAAUUUACUAAAGGAAAUGCGAGAAGGAGAGGGACGCCUGGAAGCAUUUAUUCUGACUUUUGAAGAAUUCAAACGUGACGGGUUUGGAGAAGAUAAACUUUUCGAAUCCCAUGUCGUGGAAUUAAAAGACGGUAAGGAAGUGAUUGGAUUCGCCAUGUGCUUUUUUGGAUUCAAUGGAGAUUGUGGGAAAAUCCUAUACUUAGAAGACAUUUAUAUAAAACCAGCAUACAGAUCCAAAGGAUACGGGACAUUAGUUUUCAAGUAUAUAGCGAAGGUUACCCUAGAUAGCGGAGCUCGUCGUAUGGAGUGGUGUGUUAUGAACGAUCCAUCGUGGAACGCGAAAACAAUCGAAUUCUACAAAAAGUUUAACAGUAUCGAUGAGAAUUUAAAACAGUUGUAUCUACAAGGAGAUGUGUUAAAGAAAUGUGCAGAAUUUUGAUUUUAGAUUAAAAACAAUGUGACUGAGAGAUAACCAUAAGAUUUGAAUAAUAGUCAUGUUAUGUCCCAGUUUAUAUUCAUGUGCAGUCAUAUAGUCGUGUACUAGCAAUAAAUCCUGAUAUCAAGGAAGUAAAAA